AUGCGGUUUAGAUUACACAAAAUUGGUAUAGUUGCCGAUAUCGAGAAGUCAUUUUUGCAAGUGGGAUUACAACCUUUAGAAAGAGACGUUACCCGAUUUCUGUGGCUCAAGGACAUCAGUACAUCAAUCGUUAAUGAAGACAAUAUACAAGAAUUUCGCUUUGCAAGGGUGCCGUUUUGGCGUAAUUUCGAGUCCAUUUCUACUGGUGCCACUAUCGAAUGCCAUCUGGAUUCAUAUGAAAGUGAAAUUUCAGAAAUACUGAAAAAUGAUAUAUACGUGGACAAUGUUAUUACUGGAACCGAAACCGAGACUGAAGCCAUUAAGUUUUACGAAACAUCAAAAUCGAUCUUUAAAGAUGCAUCAAUGAACUUACGUGAAUGGACUACAAACAGUAAAUCCGUGAAUACUUCCAUACCUACUGAAGAUAGGUCAGGGUGUGAAAAGACAAAGGUGUUAGGACACUAUUGGAAUGUUAAAGAUGACACAUUUUCUAUCAAAGCGCCGAUGUUGUUACCUGAAACGUCACAGAUUACAAAACGAACAGUGCUAAAACAGAUAGCUUCAGUGUAUGACCCUCUAGGUCUUUUCUGUCCGAUUUUGCUUCGGGGAAAGAUACCUCUACAAUCAUUGUGGAGUAAACAUUGUGACUGGGAUGAUGAACUUGAAAAUAGUGACAUUCUGUCAUGGAAAUCGAUCAAAGAAGAUUUUGUAAAUAUCCCAAAUUCUCAGAUUCCAAGAUAUGUUGGAUUACAAGUUGUCGAUGAAAAUACAAAAGUACAAAACAGAUUGGUUUGCUUCUGCGAUGCUUCAAAAUAUGCAUAUGCGUGUUGCAUUUAUCUUAUUCAGGGAGAUAAAAAUGUAACAAAAGGGAACCUUGUAUUCGCAAAGUCAAGAUUAGCUCCUAUAAAACAAAAUAAAGACGAUUCCAAGAUUAGAAUUACUGGCGAUGGUCAUAGGAGUUCGUUGCAUUGA